CAGACGACUUGCAGCAAGAAGCAGCACCGGUCUCAACUUGAGUCGCUUUUAGGGAGGGCAACGACAGACGGGAACACGUUCACGAGAUCUCGGAAAAGCUGUCCACGCAUAGAGACGGCAUCGAAUCUUUCUAAGCUGGUUCGCAUACAUAGAGAGGGAGAGGCGCAUAGCCCGAUGGGAGCGAGAUGACGGCGGAAAAUGGACAUGACUUCGAUGUCUCGCCGACUUUCAUCUGGCAGGAGGAUUUCCGGGCUCAACUAGAGGCAAUGGCAGAUGAAGAUGAGCUCGUGGAAGAUCUCGAUUGGCCUGCGCUCAAAGACGCCAUCAAGCAUCUCCUCAAGCAAACAUUCGCGUCUUGGCCAGGACCUUCGGAGCCAAUACUACAUCCUGCGGCUGCGCUUAUCUCCAAGGACGGUGGUGCCGAUCUGUCAUCGACCUCAUCAACGACCUCGUCAGAUGAGGCUGGGCCCUCAUCGGAAAGAAAGGCAAAUGGGGAUUCGGGAAGCGCGGCGACGCAUGUAUCGGCCGCCGAUCUACAGGCCUUCUUUCCCUCCAAGAGGCAAGCGGGUCCUGCAAUGGGUGACAGUUGGAGUAGACGACUCAACACGGACGAAGAGCGCAAGGCGGAGCAGCGCGUCGUAUUCAGCAUGCUCGACGACUUUGAAGGCCAGCCUCCAUUCACAAUACAGAGACUAGCCGAGCUUGUAUUGAGGCCAACACAGCACCAUCACACCCUGCCAAAGUAUUCGUCCGCCCUCAAGAGGCUUCUUUCGGUUACUGCAACACGUGAUGCCUUUCCAAAGCUGGUCGACGAGGAAGAGGAUGAUAUUGCGACGGGCGGAGAGGAGGAAAUGGUCACCAAUGGCUUCUCAUCGGCGAGCUCUGCUGGCCGCAGGAGUCGGAGCAACACGCCGAUCCCAGGUAGCCCAAGCACCGCGCCACUGUUCACACCUAUACCCUUUUUGCUGAAGAGUGGUGAUGAGGGCAUGCCUGCGUUGAUGAGGCAGGGCGCAGCAGCCGUAGUAUCAGGGACCCAGGGCACCGACAUUGUCGUCGAAGAGGACGUUCCAGGUAUGGAGCUUGGCGGUGCAGACAGAACCACAGAGGAAGGGGUAGAAAACGCGCGAAGAAAUGGGGCCGGCUCGGGCUCGGGCAAGGAUGUGAUGCAGGGAAUCCCGAAAGCAGGGUCAGCGGCCAGCUCUUCAUCGCCGACCUCGGAAAUCCAUCCCGCCGGUGAAGGUCCGACCAGCGCUAUCGCUCCUCCCUCGGCCCCAAUUCCCAUCGAGGUGCCGACUACCUCGACGACAGAUCCAGCAAGACCGUCUGUUGCAGGGGCCACCGCGCCUCCAGAAGAGGCGACACCACUUGGUGUACCGAGUGGGCGAGUAGACGAGCUGGACGAAGUGGGGUCUGAGCACGGCAGCCUGCCAACGGGUAGCGGCGCGCCAGGGGGCGGGGCAAAGGCUCUCAGUUCGACAACAGCGACGGCUGGCGCUGGGCAAGAGGCUGAUCAGAGCGAUGAAGAGGAAGAAAAGCGGGCCUUGAAGCGCGUGAGGAGCGAGAGGAACCUUGCAGCAGCUGCAAAGGGCCAGGACAUGUCUUGAGGUCUAUGGGGUUCUCUGUUGUACAAUACAAGUCUUCGCCAUGCAAUCCACAGCCAUUUCGAUCGCCACUCGUAC